AUGGCUGUGGCUUUGCUUGAUGAAGAAAACCAGAGCAGUCGUGGUUCACAUGAAGGCCGUGCAGCAAAUGUUGACAGACAUAGGCAUUCUCGGGGUAAGAAUCUUAUGGAAGAUUAUUUUAUCCCAACAUCUCUGUACUCUGAUAGAAAUUGUGCUGGUGUUUUGGGACUGCUUCCCGAACAAAAGUUAACAGCUGCUAUACGAAUGUUGGCGUAUGGUGCAUCUGCUGAUCAGGUGGAUGAGAUUGCCCGAAUGGGUAAGUCCACUGCUUUGGAGAGUUUGGUUAGAUUUUGCGAUGCAGUCGAAAAUCUGUACACCAGGGACUACCUGCGCAGACCUACGCCCUGGGACUUGCAACGACUUCUACAGAAAGCCGAAUGGAGAGGAUUUCCAAGAAUGAUUGGUAGCAUCGACUGCAUGCACUGGCAAUGGAAGAAUUGCCCAACCACUUUGCAGGGAGAUUACGGAAAUCGGAAAGGCCAAAAAAGUAUCAUCCUUGAAGCUGUUGCAGGAUUCGAUACAUGGGUUUGGCAUGCCUUCUUCGGAGUUGCUGGAUCACAAAGUGACUUGAACGUCCUAGGUCAAUACCCGGUGUUCAACGAUGUUUUGAGAGGAGAAGCCCCCAAAGUCACAUAUGAAAUCAAUAAUACCGUUUACCAAAAUGGGUAUUAUCUAGCUAACGGCAUCUACCCGAGAUGGACAACAUUUGUGAAAUCAAUUCCGCAUCCCCGAACCUAG